AUGAAGAAACCAGUGACACUGUAUUACACCACCUCCGUCCUCCUGAAAGUAUGCCGAAGUAAUCAUGUUGUCGGAAAAGCCGAUAUUCCUCCUCCUCCUCCUCCUCAAAUUCAACUUCCAACUCCAACAACUCUUGUUGGUCCUCCAUUGCUCAGCAGAUUAAAGGCUAAUAACUAUAAUGAUGGUUCCAACAAGAACCCUAUCCCAAACCCCUGCCUCCGUCUGUUUUUCGACAUCAAACCACCUGCAUACUGGAGGGGCACCCCCCAAUUUUCCGAUGACUAUCUCCAGCAACUGCUGCCGCAAGCCUGGUCUCACAGCCCCCUCACCACACUCAAGCUCAUCUUCAAUCUACGUCACCGACGUGGUAAAUUUGACGAUCAAGCCUUCUACACGGCGGCGUACUGGCUCUACCAAUACCACCCCAAGACCCUUGCUUGCAACGUCGUUGCUAUUGCUGCCUCCUUUGGCACUUUCUUAGACCUUCUCAAGAUUCUGUACCGCACUUUACAAGGCAAAGACCAAUUGCCCAGUGCUCGUUUCUACCUACCGAUCACAAAAGGCAUCGAGGGUCGUACUUGGACGAGGAGGAGGAGGGAGAAGAUCUUGGCCAUGGCAAAAAAGGCUCUUGAGAGGAUUACCAGUGAUGAUGAGCCUGAGUGCUUGGAGAUAACCAGGGCGGCGGAUUUUUUCCCUCACAUCGACUCGUCUUACGAUCGAGCCACUCUGCUCUGCGAGAGCAUUGCGAAAAAGGUUUUUCCGCCAGGAGGAGGAGUAGAAUCGGAGGAGGCCGACAAUGAUUAUGCGUACAGUGUCAGGAAGCGGUUGUGGAAGGAGGUUUUGGUGCCAUUGAAGAAAGCCUUGGCCACCCCGGCUUAUACCGGUGGCAACAAAUGGGGUUAUGAUCCGGGGUUCAAGCGAGAGCCCUGCGCGGUUGAGACUUAUUUGGAGGACGUCGUCAAAGCCGGCAAGUCCAAGAUUAAGGCCGGUGCUCUGCUUCCAAAUGAGAUCAUAGGCUAUCUUAAGAGAAGGAUGGAUAAUGACGACGACGACGACGUGCAUGAUCUAAUGGCUGCGGCUGGUCUUCAGUGGAAGACCAUGGUAGAUGACUUCUACUUAAAGCAAGGCAAGUUUAAAAAGUGUUUGGUUGUAUGUGAUGUCGAGUCAAACAACAAAGUGUCGGUGGGUUUGGGGCUUCUGUUGUCUCAACUGAGUGAAGAACCAUGGAAUGGAAAGGUGAUCACCUACAAUGAGAACCCUCGGCUGGUUUCCAUACAAGGCCAUGAUCUUAAGUCCAAGUACGAGUUUAUGACAACAAAACUAGGCCCGUUGGAUGUUGGGGUUAAUUUUGAAAAGGUGUUUGAUUUGAUCCUGAAAGUGGCUGUGGAUGAGAAUUUGAAGCCGGAGCAGAUGAUCGAGAGGGUGUAUGUGUUCACUCCCUCCAGCGGGGCCUAUAAUAGAUGGGAGACUAGUGAUUUCGAGGCAAUGCAGAGAAAGUUUAAGGAGAAGGGAUAUGGGGAUGUGGUGCCACAUAUUGUGUAUUGGAAUAUCAGGGCACACAUGUCUGUGCUGGAGAUGCCUAAUACACAACCAGGCUUAGGCUUCACCAAGUUGAGUGGCUUCGUCAACAACAAUUUGGUCAAGUUCUUCCUGGACAAUGGUGGGGAUUUUGGCCCCGAACAUGCCAUGGGAGCUGCCAUUUCUGGCCAAGACUAUCAGAAUCUAGUUAUAGUGGACUGA